AAACUAGAAAUAUGGAUUAACUAUACUUAUGUUUGGUUAUCUUCGGAUAUCCAUUCAGGUUCGGAUAUUACCCGUUCAGAUUCAGAUAUUACCCGAACUGGUGAAAUAAGUAAUUUGUUGUUUUAAUUAGAUGAUUUUUAGACCGAUCUGGUGAAUAUAUACUAGACAAACAUUUAUAUUUUGAAUAUGCACUUAUAUUCUAUAACAGCUUGAUAUAUUAGAUUUGAACACUAACCUGUUAAUAUAGUUUGUCAGUGAUUUUUUUUCAAAAUUUUGAUUCUUCGAUAUAUAUGUAUAUGGAGUGAAACUAAUUUUUACAGAUAUCCAUUUUUUUUAAAUUGACACUUAUGUAAUUUAUUGAAUUCAUAAAAGAAGUUAAAAAAAGAAACUUAACUCAUAUCAAUGAAAUAAAGACGAGAAUAAAAGCCCAAUUCUAUAGAGGUAGAAAAUGAAAUCGCUAAUGGAGAGUCAAUAGUAUACAAAUUGAGAAAAGAAAAUCUAAUCCCUUUUCGUUAUUAUACAAUCGAUGUUGGAUAUUUGGUUUUGGUGAUUUGUGCCAGCCACAAAACUUAAUUUUCUUUUUGCAUAUGAAGUCUUAAAAAUAAAUAAAAUGAGAUGUAAUACGUUAACUAUUCAACAACGAUGAUAUAUUUAAGAGAUCAAUACUUGUAUUUAUCAUUUUAUAAUCGAUAAAGAUCGUAGUGUUACAAAAUGUUAAAAUCAUUUUAUAAACAAAUAUUAUUAUAAGAAUUCACCCUAGACGCACUUAAUAGUGCUGACUCCAACGACUAGAUAUGCCGCCACAUGGCGACGACCAAACCCACAAAAGCGAAAUCAGUAGGCUCUCGAGUGUUUGUUGAAUGUUGAGAUGUGGGUGAGACUUGAGAGAGUAUUGUUGGGGGUAGGCUUGAUUCUUUUGUUCCCACUCCAUCCCAAACUGGUGGCUUAUAUAAAAGAAAAAUAAACAAACUACCUAACUUAUACAGAAAAGGAGGAACGUCACAUUACAUACAAACGUUGCACCAAAUACAAAAAAUACUUUAUACGAAAAAUAUGAAAAUGAAGUUGAACCACUCAGUAAUUGCUUCAGAGUGCCGUCUCUCUUUCUCUAUCAACGAGGGUUUGAUUCAUUUAGAAGAUUGACUCUUUCAUCAUCUAAGGCCAGGCAUGAGUUAGGGUCUUCUAUAUAUAUGAUUAAAAGACUGCCGUACAGAGCUGGGUGACCUGAAGGCUUAAGCCACGCAAAAGGGACUCUCACCCUUAAAUACAUCCCCUCUUCUUUACUUUAACUUGUUAUAUAUAUGCACAUACAUACAUGCUUAUGCUUCUUCCAUUAGUUAAACAAAAAGUUAAAGCAUUUUGAGUAACAAUGAGAAGCUUCUUCAUCCUACGUUGCUUCUUGUUAUUCUUUUUCUUGUUCGACCUAGCGUUUGCAGCUGAAGGAAAGAUAUGGAGCAGAACAGAUAUGGUGGAGAUGGCUGGCUACGGUGAACAGAAACUCUCCUCUGUGAUCAUCACCGGAUCUCUUCUCUGCGACACUUCACACUCCAUAUCUAUUCCAGGUGCUACUGUUGCCAUCAAGUGUCACACUGGAUGCAAAAGGAGAUCCAAAUGGAUCAAGGCUGUUACUGAUGAUCUGGGAGAGUUUGAAAUCGAUCUUCCUUCCCAACUCCACGCAAUUCCAGACCUGGAAAACACAUGUGUCAUCAAGCCAAUGCAUGUGCCUCAUGAGCUCUGUAGAUGCCACCACAAUUCGACCAAUACACACAAACGCAUCAAACUUGUUUCCUCUACCAGCGGAUUCCGUGUCUACUCCUCAGGGAAGAUCAGGUUACAGGGCCACAGUUAGCAAGCUCGCGUGGUGUCAAAAGAUUUAAAACAGAAGAAACAUGAAAAUUCUUGAAAAUCCACUGUAAAAAGCAUUUUGGUAUGGUCCUUCACUUAUUUAGCUGGCGCUUCAGUCACAGAAUCAAGUCGAGUCUUCUCUACAUUAUUUUUCAUGUUCCUACAAUGUAAUUAAGAACGAUGCUUGGAUGAUCAUCAUACAUGUAAAGGUUCUCAUGGAUUUUGAUACAAACAGCAAGCAGCGCGGUCACAUUUGAAUA